AUGGCCAUGGCAAUCACGUUCCAGACCAUCCAAGCGAUCCCGAAGACAUCUAGCCGUGGGAUCUUCGGAACAUUCAAGGCGUUCGGUACCAUAUCCAAGCCGAUGGAUCCAAGAGCGCGCUGGCCAGAACGCCCUGAUAGCUACGUCCCUCUCAAGUUGAGCAACUUUCUGAUCAGGCUAGAUUUCAAUUCAUGGCUGGAUAACAACCUUGGCGGGCACUGCCUCUGGAGAGACCUGCCCAAAGUGCUACUGCGUCAAAAACGGGUACUUGUCGGGGUCACCCAACAUAUUCCCCUUCCAGGGACUCACGAACAGCCAUAUAAGUGGUCGACUCUGUCUCAGUGGGCAUUCCACGUCGCGAUGUGGGAUGGAACGAUCUUCGUGCGGGAUUUGACGUCCGCGGAAAUGACGCCUGUGGAUCGGCCCCUCGUGCUUUGUACCAACGGCGUCGUCUUCACUGUUGCCGAUAUCCACGCCAUCUUCGGGUUGGAUUUCAACCAACCUGUCGAAUUGGCAGUACCACUCGAGGCUCCUCCUGUAUCUUGGCGUGCCAUAGCCGGAGAGAUAGAGAGGUCAGAUGGUCAAGACAUCUCCGAUAUUCGGCAUCCCGGUUUAAUCAAUCAUCGACCUAAGGACAGCGACGACCUUUCUGAAUUUGUCUUCACAGCGAGCAACGGCAAGAAACGUCCUUUCAUGCACCAACCAGCAUCUGAAUUCACCUCGGCAACUACAACGUUCGUAUCGGACGUUGCGCCGAUGAAGAGGAAGAAGUCGUCACAGCAAACCCGUCGCCGUCCACGACAGAGCCAGCACCUGAGCUCAGCAUUAGGCUGCUCCGCUCAGGAAGGGACCAAAGACCCAGUUCCGCAAGAACGGCCUUCGCCAAGCUUCCAGUUUCUUCAUCCCAACCCACCAUCGUAUCGAGAUAAUCGCACAACCAACCGAUUACGAAGGAGACUCGACGUUGCUGCUCUUGAGACCGGCUACGCCCCGUCGUCUAGCGCACUCCCUCCAAAACCGUCGAACUCAAUCGGUUCGGUCGACGUCAUGAUGCUUUCGAUGGAUUACAACUUGAUCGAGGACGUCAAUUUUUACCUUCCAAUCUCAGACGCGUUCGAAGCUUAUUGGUCCGCUCCUCUCCAUGGCGACAAUAUUGCUCAGUCGGUAUGGGUCAGUCCAGCGCUGGGCUCGAAUCGGCCGACCCUGAAAGCUGAGAGCAAGGGGUUUGCCGCGUGGAUACGUCAUCAGGCACGGUGGAAAGGCAGGCACGGUGAGAUUCUUCCAUACGUCCAGGCUUACACGGAGUAUCGCCAGUUUAUACUAUCAUCCGCCUGA